AUGGCAGACAGGCAGAAGCACCUCUCUGCACCCGUGUCGCCAGCACACAGCCGACGCCCGUCUCGUCUCGAUCUUAGCAGCAGCAACGAGCACCCAGACGAACGAUCACCCUUGUUACAACGGUCGCGAUCCCACAUUCGCAUACACAACAGCCAUGAUACAUCAAACCUCAAGACUCCUGGGCUCUCGAGGAGAAACAGUGGGCAUGGAAGCAUUAGGAGCUCCCGCCACCUCAGCUCACACCCAUCCUCGUGGAGCGCUCGCUUGAUCAACGCGAUUCACGACCGACCAGAUCCUAUGCUCGAGUCGAAAGGCUCCCUGUUCUCCGACGAACGAGUAUGGUACGAUCAGUUUACAUCGACGGAUUGGGUGCACGACAACAUUGCAGAUGCUCACCGUCUCAAGGCAUUGCGCAGCCGUAAAGACUUUCGUGGCCGCGUUCAUGCCUUCUUCGACGCGUCCCAGGGCUGGCUCCUCAGCUUUGUGUGUGGAGUCAUCAUCGCCCUCAUCGCCUAUACCAUCACAGUCUGCGAAACUACCUUGUUCGACUGGAAAGAUGGAAAUGCUGCCCUACAGGUAGCUGUGACGACUGGCGCCUUUGCCCCUCGCAGCCCGGUUGAGGAACCAGGGGCGCCACCAAUGAUCUACUACUCGGCCGCGGGCAGCGGCGUGGCCGAAGUCCGCGUGAUCUUGAGUGGCUUCGUCUUGCACGGUUUCCUCGGUCUCCGAACUUUGGUCAUCAAAUCUGUGGCUUUGGUUCUCAGCGUCGGUUCUGGUCUCAGUCUCGGAAAAGAAGGACCCUACGUCCACAUUGCUACGUGCGUGGGCAACAUUGCCUGCCGCAUGUUCUCCAAGUACGAUUCGAACGAUGCGAAGCGUCGAGAGAUUCUAUCGGCCACGGCGGCCGCUGGCGUAGCUGUCGCCUUUGGUGCACCACUCGGUGGCGUGCUCUUUGGCCUCGAGGAAGUGUCUUACUUCUUCCCAGCCAAGACGCUCUUCAGGACCUUCUUUUGCUGCAUGGUCGCUGCCCUGACACUCAAGUUCCUGAAUCCUUACGGCACGCAGAAGAUUGUCCUGUUCCAGGUGCGCUACAUCAUCGACUGGGCUUAUUUUGAGUUGGCCACCUUCGUCGUGGUCGGUAUGCUGGGCGGUGCCGCCGGCGCGCUCUUCAUCAAAGCAUCCAAAUACUGGGCCCAGAGCUUCAGGCGCAUCAAGGUAAUCAAGGCGUACCCGAUGCUGGAGGUGCUGUUGGUGGCCAUCGCAACCGCUCUGCUCAGCUACUGGAACGUAUUCACGAGGCUCCCCGUCGCCAAACUCCUUCUCAACCUUGCAUCGCCUUGUAAUGACAAGGAUACCGACCGGGACGACCUCGGCUUGUGUCCUUCGGAAAUCAGCGAGAUCCCCCCCAUCCUUAUGAGCUUGCUCGUUGCAUUCCUCAUCAAGGGCCUGCUCACCAUUGUCACCUUUGGCAUUAAAGUACCUGCGGGUAUCUACGUCCCAUCCAUGGUGGUGGGAGGUCUCAUGGGCCGUAUGGUAGGCCACAUCGUGCAAUGGACCGUCAUGCGGUUCCCCCACUUUGGGCUCUGGAGCGACUGUGCAGCGACUGUGCCUGGCACCUGCAUCCAGCCUGGUGCUUACGGCUUGAUCGCGGCCGGCUCCACCAUGUGCGGCGUGACUCGGCUGUCAGUGACCUUGGCCGUCAUUUUGUUCGAGCUCACGGGAAGUCUGGACUAUGUCUUGCCGUUCUCGCUGGCCAUUCUCGUGGCAAAGUGGACGGCGGACGCCAUCGAGCCUGAAAGCAUAUACGAUCUCUUAACAAACAUGAACUCGUACCCAUUCCUGGACAACAAGCACAAGCCCACGUUCACGUCGGAUUUGGCCGACAUUGUGCCCCGAGUGCGUCGGGAACGUGUCAUCAACGUGACGAGCUCGCCCUUGGUCCCGGCCACUAGUCUCCGGACGAAGCUGGAAAUUCUGCACCGCGCAGGCGAGUUAGACGGCGGUCUGCCGAUAAUUCGUGACGACGUGCUGGUGGGGCUCAUCCCGGCGCCGGACCUCGAGUACGCCCUCGAUAAUCUCGAGGACGAAGAGAGCACGCUGUGUCUCAUGGCGCACGCGAGGCCGCACGGCGAAUCGAUUGAGGAUUCAGGAGGUGAGGAAGACGUGGACCCGACCGAUUUGACACCGUUCAUCGAUGCGGCGCCCGUGGCGCUCGAUAUUCGGUCGCCGAUGGACCUGGUCUACGAGUUCUUCGUCAAGCUCGGACUGCGCUACAUCUGCGUGCUGCUCGUCAACGGUAGCGCGGGUUUGGUGCACAAGAAGAGCUUUGUGAAGUACAUACGCGUGUUUGAAGUGGACCGGGAGGCCGGCAAAUUGACGUUGACGGAGAUUGCGCCGGGCGUUGAGCUUGAAGAGGUUCAGGCCAAGACUCACGCACAGUUCACCGUGGCCAAGGAUCUGAAGGUUAUGGAGUAA